GCGGCGGCGGCGGCGAGCGGGGGGCCGGGGCGGCGCGGCGGCGGCGGGGCGCGGAGCGGAGCGGAGCCCACCCCCAUCACCUGUUACCUCCGCUCCCCAGGUUGCCUGAAGUUCCCCGGCGGCGCCCGGCAGGACGGGGAGCGCCACGGCUGCGGCUGGCGGGGACCCUACAGUGGCUGCUGCAGCAUGGGCUGGCUCAGGGGGAUUGCCUUGCUUUCCUUGGGAGUAUUACUAGCGGGAAGAGUCAACUGCCAGCAUGUGAAGAAUAAUGUGCCAAGGCUCAAAUUAUCGUAUAAAGAAAUGUUGGAAUCCAACAAUAUAAUAAAUUUCAAUGGACUAGCUAACAGCUCCAGUUACCAUACUUUCCUCUUGGAUGAAGAACGUGGUCGGCUGUAUGUUGGAGCAAAGGAUCACAUAUUUUCUUUCAACCUGGUUAACAUCAAGGAAUAUCAAAAGAUUGUUUGGCCUGUAUCACAUUCCCGAAGGGAUGAGUGCAAGUGGGCUGGAAAAGAUAUUGUGAGAGAAUGUGCUAAUUUCAUCAAGGUGCUUAAGGCUUACAACCAAACCCACCUGUAUGCUUGUGGAACUGGGGCUUUUCAUCCAGUCUGCACCUAUAUUGAGGUUGGAAGCCACCCUGAGGACAACAUUUUUAGAAUGGAAGAAUCACAUUUUGAAAAUGGGCGGGGGAAAAGCCCUUAUGAUCCCAAACUGCUGACAGCUUCACUUUUAGUAGAUGGAGAACUGUACUCUGGCACAGCAGCAGACUUCAUGGGCAGGGACUUUGCCAUUUUCCGAACUCUGGGGCACCACCAUCCCAUCAGAACAGAGCAGCACGACUCCCGGUGGCUAAAUGAUCCCAGAUUUGUCAGUGCUCACCUGAUACCAGAGAGUGACAAUCCAGAAGAUGACAAAAUCUAUUUCUUCUUCCGUGAAAAUGCAAUUGAUGGAGAGCACACUGGAAAAGCCACUCAUGCCAGAAUAGGGCAGAUCUGCAAGAAUGACUUUGGUGGACACAGGAGCCUUGUUAACAAAUGGACAACUUUCCUGAAAGCACGUCUGAUUUGCUCUGUGCCAGGACCCAAUGGCAUUGACACACACUUUGAUGAACUACAGGAUGUGUUCCUAAUGAACUCAAAAGACCCUAAAAAUCCAAUAGUCUAUGGAGUGUUUACAACUUCCAGCAAUAUCUUCAAGGGAUCAGCAGUGUGCAUGUACAGCAUGACUGAUGUGAGGAGGGUGUUCCUGGGCCCCUAUGCCCACAGAGAUGGCCCCAACUACCAGUGGGUUCCCUACCAAGGGCGAGUGCCAUAUCCACGGCCAGGAACUUGUCCCAGUAAAACAUUUGGAGGUUUUGAUUCCACCAAGGACCUUCCUGAUGAAGUUAUCACAUUUGCCAGAAGUCAUCCUGCCAUGUACAACCCAGUAUUCCCCAUCAACAACCGUCCCAUCAUGAUUAAAACAGACGUGGAUUACCAGUUCACACAGAUCGUGGUGGAUCGAGUCGAUGCAGAAGAUGGCCAGUAUGAUGUGAUGUUCAUUGGCACAGAUAUUGGAACAGUUCUUAAAGUGGUUUCAAUUCCUAAGGAGACUUGGCACGAAUUAGAGGAAGUCUUGCUGGAAGAAAUGACAGUCUUUCGGGAACCCACUGUUAUUUCAGCAAUGAAGAUUUCCACAAAGCAGCAACAGCUCUACAUUGGCUCAGCCACGGGGGUUUCACAGCUUCCUUUGCACCGCUGUGAUGUGUAUGGAAAAGCUUGUGCUGAGUGCUGCCUGGCAAGGGACCCUUACUGUGCCUGGGAUGGCUCCUCCUGCUCACGUUACUUCCCCACUGCCAAGAGGCGCACCAGACGACAAGACAUCCGAAAUGGGGACCCGCUCACCCACUGCUCAGACCUGCAGCACCACAAUAACCCAAGUGGUCACGCCCUAGAGGAAAAGAUUAUCUAUGGAGUAGAGAAUAGCAGCACUUUCCUCGAGUGCAGUCCAAAAUCUCAGCGUGCUGUGGUCUACUGGCAGUUCCAGAAGCAAAAUGAUGAUCGCAAAGAAGAGAUAAAAGUGGGUGAUCACAUGAUCCGGACAGAGCAGGGCCUCUUGCUGAGAAGUCUCCACCGGAGAGACUCUGGUGUUUAUCUCUGCCAUGCUGUGGAGCACGGCUUCAUGCAGACCUUGCUCAAGGUGACCCUGGAAGUCAUCGACAGCGAGCACCUGGAGGAGCUUCUCCAUAAAGAAGAGGACGGUGAUGGCUCCAAGGUCAAGGAUGCCACCAACAGCAUGACCCCCAGCCAGAAGAUCUGGUACAGAGACUUCAUGCAGCUCAUCAACCACCCCAAUCUGAACACGAUGGAUGAGUUCUGUGAGCAGGUUUGGAAAAGAGACCGCAAGCAGCGCCGGCAAAGGCCUGCCAACGCGCAGGUGAACACAAACAAGUGGAAGCACCUACAAGAGAAUAAAAAAGGUAGAAACAGGAGGACCCAUGAAUUUGAGAGGGCACCACGAAGUGUCUGAGCUACAUUACCUCUAGGAACCUCAUCCAAGUAGAAACUUGUAUAGACAGAUAACUGGAAAAAAAUGCAAUAUUCAUGAACUUUUUCAUGGCAUUAUGUGGAUGUUUACAAGACUGGAAAGUUCAAACAGUUUCCACUAGGUUUAAAUAAAAUCCAUUUCUAACUUUCCUAGCAAGUCCUUCCUCUCUGCUCUGAUUCUAAGACCAGAAAGACCAGAGUUUCAAGGAUGAUAACUCACCUGGACCUAGCUUACUGCUCAAAAACUUUUGCAAGUAUUCAGCAGGCAAGAUUUGCUUUCUCUUUUGAUGGAGAUAUAAAGAAAAUGCUGUAUUUCAUGCUGUCAUCUUACAGGAAAGAAAAACAAGCCCCACCUUUUAUCAUCAGCACUACCAUUUCUAGACUUAUUUAAAACUGCAUGAACUCAUUAAGCUGAUGAACAUCUAAACACGUGAUUGGACACAAGGAUUUUGUUCUUGUUUUGUCUACCAGUUCUCCUGUUUAUAUGUUCUGGAAGAGGAAAAACAAUACUGAAUGAGAUUGAUUGUGCAAAUCUGAACAACAUAAGCCAUCCAUCAUCUGGAAGAAAAAAAAAUGUGGAGUAUACUGGCCUACUACUGAUGACUUCUUUCAGCUUUGAUCUAAAGAUGUAUUUUAUUAAAAGUAUAAUUUAAAUGUACCAUGAAAAAAUAUGCAGCAAACAUUAGCUCCUUUCUAAAAUAGACUAGACUUUUUGUCUUAGAAAUAUUGUACUUUCUAAUUAUUGGUUUAGAGGAAAAAAGACAACUUCCAAUUAUGACUGCUUUACUCUUUUGUUUGAGAAAAGUUCCAGGGGAGCUGGUCACAUUGCAGUUAACCUCCUUCCCUGUCAGUAAUCUAUAUGACAUGUAACUUCAAAGCAAUUUUAAAACUAAGCUAUUUUAACAUGAAAGUCACUGUAUAGCAUGGAAGUAUUCUGCAUUCUGUUUUUCUAAGUAUGGUAUUUGAAAUAUUCAACUUGUAUAAUACCUUGCUAUAGAUUGAACCAAUGAAGAGGAGAGCAUUGAUUUUCAGUUGUAUAUUUUUUUAAUUAAAAAAACAAAUAGCAUUAAAAUACCCUCUGCUAAUUACACUCUUGCUUUCUUGGUUCAUAUUUGUGAAUGCUAAUAUUUAAAUACUGAUGCUCACAGACUGUCAUAUAUCCAUGAGCAAAGCUCACAUUCAGUUUAAGGAGUUGUGUUCCCAGCUCUGUGGUAGAGAUUUGUCCACACUACUGACUCUCAGUGCUCUGUUCUUCCUGUUGGCCAGAUCACCAAAAUGCAAAGAAUCAGCACUAGACUAAGGAAACAACCCCAAAGUCAGCACCCUGCUUUAAGAUCUGUGGGUGAAAAUCUGCUAAAGUAGUGAAUUGGUGAAAUUCAGCUUAAGACUAAUUUGUAUUAACAGAAAAUUUGGUCCUGCAUUUCUGUCAUAUUCUAUAUACAAGAGAGCAACAGGGUAAAAUAGACAAUGUAUUUGCAUCAUGAGUGUCAGUUUAGGGUUAUAAGUAGUGGAUUUAUUCACCUCAGCACAGAUGUGCCUUUGGUCCCCAGUUCUAUGGUGUCCAGUUAUUUUGAGAUCAUCUUUCUCCAGCCUCCCAUAUUUUACCUUGGUAGAGUCUGUAAAUGACAUAAUUUCCAGUAAUGUCAUUGUGGGGAAAAUUACUACAACAAAAUCCUUAGUUUGCUAAAGGAGCUUUUAUAUAAAAGUGUGUCUGCACUGAUUACUGUUUUGUUGUUUUUCACUCUGUGGUAUUUAAUUUAUCAGUUUUUUGCUACACUAUCAAUCAGCCUUAUCAGAUACAAUAUAACACAACUGCUGUGGUAGCAUCACUCACAAUGUGCCCCAGUCUCCUUGCCACUCUCUAGUUCAAGUAUCCUUCUGCUUAGUGAAGCCUUGGCUUCUUGCCUUUAUAGAAAUUGGAUUUUCACUAACAGCCGAGUUACUUCAGGCCCCUUUGAAUCCUUUGGAGGGGAUGAACUUGCAGGAUUUUUUUUGUAAUUUAAUUCUUCAGAAAAAAAAAAAGUCUUUGAAUAGGAUAGGACAAGGCUAUAGGGCCAUGAUUCAAGAAAGCACUUGGGAAUUUAUUUUUAAAGCAGCUUUAAGUCUCUUUUAUAUUUAACCUGACUCUUGUGAACUCCAGUAUGCUGGUAAAUUCCCAUUAUUUCAUGAUGUGCUGAAUAUGGAUGAAUUAAAACAUAUGUUCAUGUGCUUUUCUGUACAGAAGAAUUAAUUUUUCAGCUCAGCUUAUGGUUAACUUCUGAGCUCUGUUGUCAAAUGAAUUAUUUUAAUCACAGAAUUUUAAUCAUAGAGCAUUCUUUAGCCUUUUGUGAAGGGCAGUUGUGUGCCAUCUAGUUACUACAAUACUCUUUCUUACAAAAGGAAACAGUUGUAAAAUGAACCUCAGAGAAUUCAGUGGGAAAAAUACAGGUUGAUUUCAAUAGAUCUCAAAUAAUUUUGUUUCCUUUUUUACAGAUUCGUGGAAUUGCUAUGUAACUUUUUUUUUCACUUCCAUGUUCAUAGCGAAUGGUUCUAAAGCAUCUUGCUACAAGAACACCGAACCAUCCUCUUCCACAAUGCCUGAAGAGCAAACAUAUUAAAUAAAGUCAAAAUUCUAAGAUAUGUUUUUCUAUGCUGAGAAAGAUAAUCUGUGGGAACAAAUUUAAGGAAGUUGCAACAUUUUUACCAUGACCUGACAGUCUCAUUGAGCAAUUGAUAUGAUCAUAUUUUAUAAGCUUCAGCCCAGUCCUCACAUGAGUAGUCUUGUUUAAGUUUUAGUAUUGAUUUAUGCAAAGAAGAGGGCAAAAGAUCAAGCCAACAGUGGAAAUUUUUGAUUUUUUGGUUCAUGUUAUGGUCAAGUUAAAGCAGCAUUUAAUACUGAUGUGAAAUGAACUUUUUUUCAAAAAGCAUAGGCCUUAAUGAAUUAAUGUAUAGAAGGAUGCCCUGCAGCAUCAGUAAGAUUCAUACACCCAUUUAUGUCAUUAUUGUUUAAAGCAACAUAAAGUUUGAAAAUAAAAAUUAAAAUGGUAUUUCUGUAAAUGGCCAAUAAAACCUUCUAAACCUCUAGUUAUAGACUUUAGAAAAAGUAAGUAAAAAGUUGUGUUUAAGCUGGAGAGAAAUAAAGGAUUUCAUUUAUAACCAGAAAGAUCUAUUUUCAUUUUUUUUAAGAUAUCCAUCUGGAAGGAACAAAAAUAUAUUGAAUCUUAUUCUUACUCAUCUACUCUUUGCACUUGCACAGAUCACUGAAAUGGGAAUUCAUUCUAUGGCUCCUAAAAAAUGUAUGGUUACAUUACACUAUAACAUCAAACUGAGGAAAUGUUCAUCUUUGCAAAAAAAACGUUAAAUCUUCAUGACCCAAUAAAGUCACUAUGUAAAAAAAUUAAAUUAAAUGCAUGUGAAUGCGCAUUUACUGUUCCUUUUUAUGUAUUAUUUAGUGAAUAUCAAUGGUAUGUGUUUAAUAGUUCAGUUUUUGCUACCUACACAUUAGUCAAAAGAGAUGUAAAUAUUUUUGACUAGGUAAGGAGGUACAGUGUAAAGUACUGUUAUCUAGAGGUACUCCAUUUCGGUGUGUUCAGCAAAGUACUAAAAUGCAAGAUUUUGCCACACAGGUGAUAAGGUUGGUUUAUUUGCUAGAUCAGUGUCUGAGCUGUGCGCUUAUUCUUUAAAUGCAUUCCUCACUGGGUAGUAAAUAAUUCCACUUCUGUAUUUAUCACUUCAAUUCAGAUGGGAACUAGAAAACUGGAGAGAAAGUGUAAUGAAACUGCUGCUGUAAAUUAUUUCUUUUAGCAUGUAUUCAGUUGUUAAAUAAACAUUUCUUCCAAAUA